UUCUAUUCACACCAGCCCAGUGAUAUCGAACGGUAUAUAAGACGGGGAGCCCCGUGUGGUGCCUGCAUUGUGUCUACAGUUUUCGGGCACAGAGGAGCUUGCACCGUAAGGUCUUUCAAAAUGAACGCUUUGAACAUCGCCCUUGUCAUCAGCGCCGUUGCGGCUACGAGCAUGGCUGGUGGAUUGCUGGGUGGCUAUGGCUUCGGCGGUGGCUACGGCGGAGGAUACGGAGGAGGCUACGGCGGAGGAUUCGGAGGAGGCUACGGUGGAGGAUUUGGAGGAGGCUACGGCGGAGGCCUCGGCGGCAUUGGCAUUGGCAGUAGCGUGGCUCUUUUGCACAGCGGCCCCGGCUACUCGAAGGUCGUCGCUGGACCCGCUUUCCUUGUGAAGACCGUGCACCACGUGAACAAGCUGCACGGUGGAGGAGCGGUCGUCGCACACUGGGGCUUGGGAGGAGGAUACGGAGGCGGAUACGGCGGCUUCGGCUAUGGCGGAUACGGGCUCGGCCAUGGCUUCAAGGGAUGAAAAUGUAUAUGUGAUGUACACGCCAUCGUAAAUGCACAGGCGCCAGUAAUGUCUGGUAGACGUCAUCGCCAUUCAUCAAAUUUGUAUAGGUCGAGUGAACUUAGCCAUUUAGGCAGCGACGUACAUAAGAAAUGAAAGUAUGUCUCGCGCCGACGUUCUCUGCCGCGUCGGAUAUCAACACAUCAGCUAAGCAUAACACGUCACCUAAACGUAUAUGUGCGAAAUGAAGGAACUCGUUGUAAUGGAAGAAAUCCCCAGUGACUCUAAGGGAUCACAGUACCUGAACAGCAGUUCAGCGCUGAAUAAUUUGCAUUGUUCAUAGUUUCCAGUGCAAUCAA